AUGCCUCUUGAAACCCUUAAAGCCCUUCAAGAAAAAGGGUUCUUGGAGAAUGAUAAACUCGUUUUCAAUGUCCAGGUUAAAGUAGUUGAAGCUGUUGAUGAAGGAUGUCUAACUGGUCAUGAGAUGUUCGAUGUCAAUGGUUUCCAAGUUCUUCUUCCUCAGGUGCCUUUAGUAAGUUGGAUUUUCGUGGAACAUCCUGACUUUGCUUUCAACUUCAAACCAAAGAACCAAUGGUUGAAGACAACAUACAUGAAUAUCUUACUCGGUCUUAUCGGGACACUGAACAAGCCUCUACAUAGCCUCACCGAGGCUGAGGUAAGCAACGCUGAGAGCGAUUUGAUCGACCUAACAGAAGCGGGUUUCAAGCUAGACUGGUUGAAGAUAAAGCUUGAGGAGGUUUCCUUGGAGAGGAAGAAAGGAAAUGCUGGUGGUUCUCAAGUCGGAGACCUCGUGGAACACAUCAAUGAUCUCAAAGUAGAACUGAACAAGGAGCAAGCAACAUCUGCUGCUAAAAUUUCAUCAUUGGAGCAGACAGUGUCGCAUCUCAAAGAUGAGCUUCACAAGAAGAAUGCCACAACACUCUAA